UUUAUUUAAAAUGACUUAACAAUUGGAAUCAAUUUCACAGAUAAAUCAACCCAAAAAUGCUUCCAGUUAUACGCCAAUGUGCCAGUCGAGUUAUUUAUCAAAAAGUAAAUUGUGUUCCAGUUCGGUAUCUUAACCUCUUGGAAUAUCAAAGUAAAGAUCUUUUACAAAAAUACGCGGUAUCAAUUCAAGAGUUCAAAGUUCUCGAUGAGAAAAUCGACAGUACUGUGCUCAAAGAGUUUGAAUGUCCAGAAUACGUUGUUAAAGCACAAAUUUUAGCCGGUGGAAGAGGCAAAGGUCAUUUUGAUAAUGGAUUUAAGGGAGGUGUUCACAUAACAAAGAAAAAAGCCGAAGUCCUUGACUUGACGAAAAAAAUGAUUGGACAUCGUCUCAUCACAAAACAAACCCCAAAAGACGGCAUCCAAGUCAAAAAAGUGAUGGUUGCCCGCAGUGUAAAUAUUAUUCGUGAAACCUACCUCUGCAUUCUGAUGGAUCGGGAACACAAUGGUCCCGUCCUUAUAGCUUCUCCAGCUGGUGGAGUUGAUAUUGAAGCCGUAGCCGAACAAACUCCUGAAAAGAUACUCACAAUUCCCAUUGGCAUUGAAACAGGUUUAACACGUGAACAAAGUCUAAAGGUCGCCCAAUUCUUAGAGUUCAAAGGCGAUCUGGUCGACAAAUGUGUAAAAGAAGUUGAAAAACUGUGGGAACUUUUUAAAAAUGUCGACGCUGUUCAAAUUGAAAUCAAUCCUUUGGCUGAGACAGAUGCUGGUGAAGUGAUCUCAGUGGAUGCCAAAUUGAAUUUCGAUGAUAAUGCUCAAUUUCGUCAGAAGGAUAUCUUUGAAAUGGAAGACACAAGCGAAUCUGAUCCCAGAGAAGUGGAAGCUGCACAACACAGUUUGAACUAUGUUGCAAUGGAUGGCAAUAUUGGUUGUUUGGUGAAUGGCGCUGGUCUCGCCAUGGCCACAAUGGACAUCAUUAAACUAAAUGGAGGAAGUCCAGCGAAUUUCCUUGAUGUUGGUGGUGGAGUGAAGGAAAACCAAGUUCUUGAAGCUUUUAAAAUUCUUACAUCUGACCCAAAUGUCAAAGCUAUUAUGGUCAAUGUUUUCGGUGGAAUUGUAAACUGUGCGACAAUUGCUAAUGGUGUUGUUGCUGCAUCAAAAGCACUUAAUUUGAAUGUGCCACUUGUUGUUCGUCUCGAAGGAACAAAUGUCGACGAGGCUCGUAAUAUUCUUAAGAAUUCUGGUCUACCCAUUAAAACGGCGACAGAUUUAGAUGAUGCUGCACAAAAAGCAGUGCAAGCAUUGAAUUAAAUUGACUGGUUUUUGUGUGUGUUAAGAUUUUAAGAUAGUUCAACUUUUUUUGUAUACCUCUCUUGUUAUAGUUUACGAGUAUGUAUGACCUUACAAUAGUUUUCUUUUGCACUCAACAUGAUUUAAAGUUUAUAAUGGGUUAAGACAAAAUGUGUUUCUUAUCAAAAUGUUCCUUUCUUAUGUUAAAACUUUUUUUUAUUAAUUUUUGGUAUU